AGUUGGCCUCUGGAGUAGCGGUGGCUCAAGUUGAAGCACUCUCAGAGGGUUUGAUUGGUCAAACCUUUAGGGGGCAGUCAGAACAGGAAGUUGGUCUACUCUGCCCAACCCCAGGGACCUCCUCUCUAUGCCCUACUGAAUGAAACUUCCUAUAAGGACUUCCAUCUUGUAGCUGACGUUUGGAGCCUGCUUUUCUCUCUCAGCAGCUUUCCUCAGUUUUUCAGCUCUAGACCACAAAGAGUCUACUCAGAAGAACACAGUAAGGACAUUUGUGACAAGGUACUUCAGGACCUACCAUGGGCAGGGAGUUUGCCUGUGAUCCUUGAACCAUAAAAAAAUCUUCCAAGAUAAUUUUUAUUAUUCUUCAAACAGAAGAGAGAGUCAAGAUUGAGGAAUGAAACAUAAUUUGUCUCAGAUCACUCUGCCCGAGAAGGGCAGGACGGACACAGUUCCGAAACCAACCCUUAUCAAAGAAGAAUGAGAUGUCGGGGAAUUUUCCGAAGGACAUUUCUCAACUGUACUGAACACAUCAGUGCUACAAUGCGCACUUCAUUCUCUCAGCAGCAAGGUGGAGAGCCAGCAAUGAGUGAGCCUCCCAUAUAUACUAGAAGAAGAUACACUCCAUAUGGUAUUCCACCCCAUCAUCAGACAAUCAACUUGCAUAAACGAAACCAAAUGGAAUGGCCAAUACCUCCAGAGGGAAAAAUGGAGAGGGACAAGCAAGAUGACACCUCAAAGAACUGGUUCAAGGUCAUAAUUCCCUCUGGCAUAAAAUAUGAUAAGAAUUGGCUGUUGAAUUUGAUUCAGAGCCAGUGCAGUAUCCCUUUCACCCCAGUGGAGUUUCACUAUGAGAAAAUGCACGCCCAGUUUUUUGUUGAUAAUCCCGACAUUGCCUUUGAACUAAAAAAUAUCAGUGACAAGAUUUGGGAUGAGUCUAAUAAUAAGAUAACAAUCUUCAUCAGCCCCUGUGAUGGAUUCCACUUGGUGACAGAGCUGCAAUCAGAGAAGAUGGACCGAAUGAAGCUGGCUAUGAACCAACAGGGUGCUACUUCUCAGCAAUUUCUCAAUAUGCAGAGACUCCCAUUUGUGCAAAGCAGGAUUGACAGCAACUUGUUGACCCAUCCUACUGACUUGUCACUGAAUCUUAGAAGGUGCGUGGCUCCAUCCCUGGAUUUUUAUGAAGAGGACAUAACGCAGAUGAUGCCCUUGAACCAGAGUUACAGUAAACCCUAUCAGAUGUUUGACUUCCUUGAUACUAAGGCAGUGGCCCCUACUGUUGACAGCCUGAAUGAAUCUGGAAAUGAGGUGAAGUCUGCAGGGAUAGAAGUCAAGGGGCAAGACCUAGAUCCAGAAGAGAUACGUGCAGACCAAAGCUCUCUGAGUACUACCAUCCCGGAUAAGUCCAGUAACAUCAAUUCAAUUCUGGAAUUGUUCCCCAAGUUAUUAAGCCUGGAAGGACAGGAAUCACCUAAACCAACUCUCUGUGGCCUCGAAGACCACAAGAGUUUACCAAUUUGCAAGGUGAGGAGAGAGGUUUUAAUUUGUGUACAAAAUGGGUCAGAACCUACAUCCUGUUUGCUUUUAUUUCAGGGGAGUUCCUUUGGGUCUGAGGCUGUAAAGACUCUGGUCCUACAGUUCCUGCAGCAGUAUUACUUCAUCUAUGACAAUGGAGAUCGGCAGGGACUCCUUAAUGCCUACCAUGCUGAGGCUUGCUUCUCUUUGGCCGUCCUCUUCAGUUUCAUGGACUCAUCCUCGAGCAGCUUGUGUGGGUACUUCAAGUACAGCAGAAAUAUGAAGGUUCUCAAAGAUUCUUAUAUGCAGCAGUGGCAGCUGCUGAAGCAUAAAAAAUGUGAUAUUAUUUGUUUUCUUCGUACAUUGCCCAAAACUCAGCAUGACCUCACCUCCUUUGUGGUGGACAUAUGUUUCCAGACAGAGACAAUGCUCUGCUUCUCUGUUAGUGGAUUUUUCAAGGAAGCGGAGGGAAGCUCUCAAGGUUGUGUUCAUGCCUUCACUAGGACCUUCAUUACUACCUACGGCAACAGUUCUGAGGAUUUUUUUUCCUCCGGCCUUUGUAUCAUCAAUGACAAGCUGUUUGUGAGGGAUGUCCAAGGGCUUCCCAGUUCCUCCAUUCCUGUGGCCACAUCUUCUUCCAGCUAUUUGCCCGCCCUCUUUCAGGAUCAACAGAAGAUGGUGCAGACAUUCUCUAGACAGGCUGGGAUGAAUGCUGAGUGGUCUCAGACGGGCCUUGAUGACGAGCAGUGGAAUCACAGCAAAGCUAGUCAAAGCCCUGCUUUGCUCCAGGUAAAGGACAUGAACCCCGAGCAUACCUUCAUGCAGACAGGUCCAGGAUUCUAAGAGCAACACACCAAGAAGAAGUUCCUGGGUGUCACUAUCUUCUCUCUUCAAAUCUCUGUUGUGAUUUUGUUCUAGCAUGGUAAUUUCCAUGUAAAUGAAUUGGGACAUCUGGUGACACCUGGGAGCUAAGGCAGAGCUUGUAAAGCUAACUCUCAUGUAUCUAAAUGGCCUGUUGUUUGUGUAUUUGCCAUGUAUUUCAGGAUCCUUGCUUUUCAUUUUUUUCUUUCAUU